AAUAAUCCCCCAAAAAAAACGACCGAGGCUGUUGCUUACUGUUAUAGCUCCAUUCCGUCGAGCUCCCGUCAAGUCUGACGAUCUCUAAAAAGGCCAACGGAUGGCACGAGUACAAGUAUGGAAAGACCCAUUCCGAGCCACAGUAGAUGCUUCCCUUCAUAGUUUAGACAUUGGGCAGACACGUUUCUUUUUUCUCUCAUUCUCUCUCUCCUUCUUGUGUACAAUAAUAUAUCGUAUAGGGGAUCGGUAGUGUCGACUAAAAAAGGAGUCUGUCGCUGAACACCAUUGAUCUGAGCUGUGACGGUAACAUCGCUGUGCACGCAGCCUCCCUUCCAAUCGUUUGCCAGGAGAUAUUGUGUGACAGGAUGAGGGAGUGUCGCCAGUGUUGCAGAGGAUGCGCACUCGAAUCAGUGGAUCGCCCGCUCCAUCUUUCCGUAGUCAUAGUAAUCGUGAAAAAAAAAAGAGUAAAGAAAAAAAAAAAGAAAAAAGAAUUAGAAAAAUUUCGUUUUCCAGUCCGGAGCGGAAACACUGGCAGGAUUGACUCACAGCUUUUCGCUUUUACAGUAUAUCAAUUUUACGGUCGAACAGUUGUAAAAAAUCCCAUCCAGUUUACAUUGAAAAGAAAGAAGGAGAGACAAGCAAGAAAAAUAAAUUGUCAACAUGGUGAAUCGGUGAAUCAUGUAGGAGGACGACGACGACCGACGAUAAGCGAUGCUUGUCAGUGUGGGUGUUACGUCAGUGAUGGGAUGACAGUGAAUUUCCGCAGUGAAUUAUUUGAUACGAAUCGUCAACUCGCAAUGCCCAACUUGUGGCGAAUGGUUGGUAGAUGUUUCUGUGGCUGCCCUCGAUCGUCCGAAUCCAAAACGGCCGAUUCGCAUUCCACUUUCGUUGAAAGCAAAGCUUCGUUCACCUUUACCGAGAGACCUGCAUGGAAUAAGGAACAGCUGAAAGGUCGUCAAGUCACUAGCCCAUCUACGAGCAAGCCCCUCCACAUGCCAGAUCUAGCCGAAGAAUCUAAAUCUCAGUCGCUCGAGAAGCAGGUGCGCCCAUGCUGGUCUCACAGCGGUCGGUUUCUCACGCUGCAUAAACGACGAAAAAAAAGGCCACCCACUCGGGCUAUGACGUCGGACCAGGCCCUCCUUGAUGACCUCUAUCAUGGCCCCACGCAUGUACUUUUGGCAAGAAUUAGCGAGUGGCCUUUUAAUGCUUUCGCCCUGGACAGAGCCACUGGGGGACGACCUCUGCCGACGCUCUGUUUCCAUCUUUUCCACCAUUACGGACUCAUGGCACACUUUCAGCUUGAUCCUGUCAAAGUCUGGAAGUUUUUUAGUUUAGUAGAAGAGGGCUAUCACAGCAACAAUCCUUAUCACAAUGCCAUCCAUGCCGCCGAUGUCACUCAAGCCAUGCACUGCUUUCUUCAAGAAGAAAAGAUGCGUCGUCAUUUAACUCCACUGGAAAUAGCCGCCUCACUAAUUGCUGCCAUGGCUCAUGAUCUGGACCAUCCUGGCGUUAAUCAACCAUUUUUAGUGGCCACUUCCAAUCAUUUAGCGUCUCUCUAUAAAAAUGCAUCGGUUCUCGAAAAUCACCAUUGGCGGUCGGCUAUGGCUUGUUUAAUGGAAAGUGGGAUGAUGGACGGUCUUGAGCGCAGUUCAGCCAACGAAUUGCAGCGCCAAAUCCAGUCGCUUAUUUUGGCUACAGAUAUCGCUCGGCAACAAGAAUUUCUCGGCGCUUUUCAACGUUUUUUGAACGAUGGCUCGUUGGAUAUGCGGACAGGGGAUCAUCGUCACUUUAUGCUGCAGAUCGCACUCAAGUGCGCUGACAUUUGUAACCCCUGCCGUCCCUGGGAAGUGAGCCGCGCCUGGAGUUUGCAAGUCAGUGAGGAAUUCUAUCGGCAAGGCGAUUUGGAACGACGACUGGGUUUGCCGGUCACACCACUCAAUGACCGCUUAACCUCCUCCGUCUCUAAGAUCCAGACUGGUUUUUUCCGUUUUAUUGCCGCGCCGCUUUUCGAAGAAUGGCAUCGUUUUCAAGCUACUCCUCUCUCGUGGAACAUGUUGAACUACCUCCGCUCCAACAAACUUAAAUGGGAUUCCAUCUUGAACGGCGAAGAAACGGGUGACGCAAGUUUGGCCGAGCAUCAGCUCCGCGAUCCGGCUUGGUCGGAACUUGGCGUUUUGGAAAUGGGUAUCGAAAAAAUCCACUUGAGGAGGGCCUCGCUACCUGCCGGGCGUUCUGGUCUGUGGACGUCGAACACUGCCAAUUCUUCUCGAGUGUCGGAUGUCGAACGUUCAAUGGAGGAGGACGGCUGUAACGUCGUCACGGAGUCUUCUGAUGUAGAAUCUCACCCGCUUCGAUCUCUGUUACCGGUUGAAAACCACGAUGAUUCCAGCCUGCCUGAUUCUGUCCCUAGCGACACGCAGACAGCAGAUAUUUCUGGACUUCCUCUUGGUCUUCCAGCACGCCUACCUCACCGGCGCGAGAGUCUUCCGUUCAAUUUUCCUGAUCGCACUCGAAUCGAGUACAUUCAGAGACAGGGACGACGGGAGAGUCUGCCGACCGAUUGUUCAGGAAUUUUGAAUGCUUGCGACGUUCUUCCAGAAUUGAAUAUCACCUCAAUGACGCCUCUGCCUUUAAAGAAGGAGAAGAGGGUUAGUCAGCCCCAUUGCGUUCAACCAGCUACCUCUAUUCCGUCCACUUCUUCAGAUCAAACUUUCGGAUGCGCAGAUGAAAAGGAGAAUAUCGUUUCGACUGCCUAUCUCAAAACGGAAACGUCCCGAUUAACAUUAAGAAGAGGAUCUGCCCCAACUGCCCUGCAUCCGCUAAACUGGCUGGAUAGUCCGCGCAGCAAACGAAAUUCUUCGAUGACGCACUUUGGACGUCAGGGUUCACUCAGAUUGACAAACUUGGACCAAAGCGAGCCAGGUCUUCGGCGGCGCGGAUCGUUGCCAUAUGAACUUGGUAGAAAACUCUCUGGUCACGAUUGCGUCGUUGGUCGACUCAUUCCAGAGACUUCCGAUUGCGCAAAAAUUGACGUAGGAGUAAGACGUGGCUCGGCUCCUUCGGAUUUGCUUCGUAACACGGGCGCUUCCAUUGCCAGUUGCUGGAUCCAGCUUCGCGAUCGAGUGAAAAUGAAGGGUAAAGAGAUUGCCCUGAGUACCGGGACUGGGUUGAUGAAUGACGGUGGAUGUGGUUUUGCCGUGCGUGAAUGCAGAAGGCGCUCACUUCGACGGCGUCGCUCGGGAGGUCCAGAACUUUUUGCUUCUGUUGUUCGUCGUGGCAACAAUUUUCCUUCCACUCAACUACCUCCACUACCUCAAAGUGCGACAUGCACUCAUGCCAAAUUAAAGCAGAGGACGUCUUCGUUGUCGCCACCGGAAAGUAUCAAUCCUAUAGUAGGAUCUGGAGAUUGUCAUCGUGAUUGGCUUCUGCUAGGAAGGCGCGGUUCUGGUGCACUUGAACUCUUGGCUGGACUCUGGCGCCAGAAUCGUGAUCGAUCUGAACGCUCCAGUUUUGAAUCAGAUGAUUCUCUUUUAAUAUUUCCUUCUUAUAAAGGACCCCACCGUCAGCGGUUGUCAAUGGAUUCUUCUUCGUCAUCAGACGGUAUCCCAUGCUCAGCCCUAGAAGAGUACUGCCAUUUGGUGGGGCAUGGGAGGACUCAGCGAAGAGGGUCAUGCCCAACCGACCAUUCCGUUUUAUCAGGAAGCUCCAAUGCGAAUUUGACGCAGUUAAGCAGGAGAUAACACAUCGCGUUCAUGGAUCGAGUGUUCGUCGGCAGUUUCUCACUCUAUUUUGAUGGAAUAUUUUUAUACAUGAUUUAUUUUCUUUUUUAAAAAUGAAGCUCAGUGUUGAUGUCUUUAAACAGAAACUCUCAUCCUUUUACUUUCUUUCAACGGCUGAAUGUUUUUGCUCAACAAAAAUGACAAACGAAAUUCCACCAAAAAAAAAAAUUGGAGAAGAACAUGAUGAGAAUGCGUUGUUGUCAAGCGUUUUUUUUAUGUUUCCAGGGGAUUGCUGGCUCCCGUCGAUUGUGUUGCUUGUAUUGUGUGCAUCUUCUCUGGAUACUUUUCGUUCCUGAGUCGUGCGUGUAAAACUUCCUGUUCCCGUGCAGUUUAGAGAGACUGAAGUGGCAAGCGAACGAUAAAAAAACAAACAAAGAUUGUUCCUACCACCUGUAUGUCUGGUUCACUUCACAUUCCGUCAUGUUGUAGCCAAAUUUAGAUUUUACUUUUCACUUCACUGCCUUUCUUUUUCUCUUACCUCCCCUUUUUUUCAUUUUUUUUUUUUGUUCAAUAUUUUGUUAAACAAAUGCAUCUAAAUUUUAUGUCAAGAAAAGAAAAACACAACCAGAACACAAAGAAAAAAAAAUCUUUAAAUUCUCAAAGAUAGCUGACUCCUGGCCCUCGAUACAAGCAUUUUAUUUUAUACACACCUACACCCAAUCCCCGUCAGUCGAGUACACUUUAUGUCAGAGUUCAAAUUUAAUCGCUGGGUAUGUGUUGGGCGUCCUUUUUUCCAUUUUUCAAGCUUCGUCCACGUUAACUGUAUGGUAUUGUCUCGGAAAAAAAAAUUUAUUUAAAUACACGUUUUUCCUAUCAAAAA